AUGUCUCGCUACUGGCCGCACCCCCCCUACGCCGAAGACCAACCUCACUCCAGACUUAUCCUCUGGACCCACAUCCUCACCCGCGGUCCCCCCACCGCCGCUUUCCUCACUCCCUUCAUCUCCGCCAGCACUCUUAUUUACCGCAAACUCCCCCUACCCGCCUCCCUACUUCCCCGCUCCCAAACUUCUCCUUUUUCAUCCCAACUCCUCAAUCUCCGCUUUAUUGGGACUAACACUCUUGGCGUCACUUCUCUCCUCACCCUCGCAACAUUUGCCCGUAUGUACGGGCGCACAGAUAUCGAAUAUCAAGAUCGUAGCUGGCGUCUUUUGGAAAAUGAAGGUCAGAUGGAAUCUGACGAUUGGAUGUAUGGCGGUAUGAUAGUUGGUGCUCUUUGGAAGUUUAAACCUGGGUCUUUAGUGGAUUGGAGGGCGAGAGUUGGGAGUAUUAGUGCAGGGAGCGCGAUGGGGGUCCUGGGGUAUUUAAGUUGGAGGUAUGGAGUCAAGGGGGGGAAAUGGGAUGAAAGUGAAAGGAACGAAAGAACUGACAGUACGAACUUAUAA